GGGCGGUGAAGUGGGGUGCGAAGUCCAGGCAGGCGUGAUGUUCUGCCGAGGAUACGGCUCACUCCCGUCUCCGAAGGUUGUUGCCGGUGGUUCGUACAUUAUUUCGUCUUUGAUUUCAACGGGCAGAAUAAAAAUCAAUAAUCAUAAAUUCAUAAUACGCAAUGGACUCGUAAGCAUUCACAGCGCGAUGUUCUCAAAGAAUCACUUGUAAGUUGUCACCAAUGUGCCUCCAAGUCCGUCUGAGUCCAUUGUAAAUUUUUACCACGUCAGGUGCAAGAAAUUCGCGUAUUCAUUGACAAAAGUUAAUGACUGCCAGUGGGGAUGAAGCUGAAGGAUCGAUCUUCCACCACGAAACUGUGCGACGGGCAAGUGUAAUCGGCGAUCGGUCAACCCUGCUGCAAUGGCUUGCAAACCGACGGCAUCCGAGGACCAGACUGUACCACGCAAAAAUAACAGCGCAGUGUCCCUCCGAGUAACAAAAGCGUAAAGGGUAAUCCGGAAUUAAACCUCCGCGCCUCGCGGAAUUACAGGUUUCUACUUCGUCGAUUACGAAGUUUCAGUCUCUGACUGCCUCAGUCGUACAACAACAUCGCACCAGCUGGAUACGGUUUUUCAGAAGCUAUAACAGCAUUGUUAAGUACUUAUACGAUACAAUCCGGUGACUGUCGACAGAUGUAACCAAAAUUUAAAAGAAUAUCCAAUAAUUUCAAUUAAACUAUUAUCGAAUAAUUAUGAAGUAGCAAAAUUUUAUUUAUGGCAAAAUCCGGGCUGUUUUUAGUCACUUUUUUGGAUGACGCGUACCGUGACUCAUGCGUUUUAUAUAGUACUUACGCAGUUACGCUUCCCAGCGUUCCGCCAGCACGUGUACGUAUAACGGUGCGUGCGGCGUCAGCAACCGAUUACAGUCUAUUUAAAUUUGUUUUAACGACAUUUCACUACAAAAUCAGCAAAAUUUCGACAGUCUGAAUAUUUAUAAUAUUUUAUCUUUCCGAAGUUCCAACUCCGUACGUUAAUUUCGUCACAGUUGUACGUUUUAUAUCUUUCAAAUAAUAUCUCCGGUCUGCUGCUGACUUUCCUUGCUAGCGAACCCAGUUUGAAGUCCGUUGUAUAACCAGCUGUCGCUGAUCGGGUCGUCGGCAAUACUCUUGUCACAAUCACUGAUCACACGAAUGGCGGCGUACGGACAGAACGCGGCGUCCAUCACGAGUUUGCAGCCGGAGAUUAGCAAAAUCCUGCAGUCCAACAUCGACAAAUAUAAUCCCUCCAACAUCCACAUCAUGGAGGACUACGUGGAGGCACAGGCGCGCGAAGGCCAUUACGACCUGGAAGCUAAUCUACUCCUCCUCAAAUUGUAUCAGCUGAAUCCUGGCGGAAGUUACAGCGCGGCGCGCGCCUCCUACGUGGCCAAAGUGCUGCUGAUGGGCUUGAUGCAGCUGCCGCGCAACGAUUUCCAGAUCUGCAAGGCCCUCACCGAGCCGGAGCUGACGCGGGUGCUGCGCAUCCAGGAUGUGAUGCGGCUGGAGACCAGUCUGGAGACCUGCCAGUUCGACUUUUUCUGGAACGAUUUAGAUCGGUGCAGAGACACCGUGGCUGGCGUAGAGGGCUUUGAUACGGCCAUUCGAAAUUAUAUUUGUUCAGUGAUCGGCAUGACCAAUCAGACCAUUAAGGAACGCCAGUUGAUCGGAUAUUUAGGCCCGGGUUUGCCCUAUGAGAAAUUCAAGCGUCUCGUGGAGGAAAAAGGCUGGCGCAUUCAGGGCGAUAAAACCGACCGGAGUAUUUUCAUCAAGGAUCAGACGAUGACCAUCAAGCCCCGUAAAAUUACCGAAGCUAUAGAUUUCGCUGAUGUUGCCACCAUUCUGUCAGCUGCCGCACAGUAGAAUCGACCGGCAUCUUUAUGAAUUUUUGUCUUAGUUACUUAUUUGCAAACAUUGUUGUCGUCCUCUUCGCCUGUGUACGGGUCAGCGGUUGAUUUACUCGCUAAUUCCAUGCUCUCGCCUUCGUGCAAGUUUCAUUUUUUGCUUCCAUUAAAAAAUCGGCACAAAUGAUUCCGUAAUAAACCGUAAUCACGAA